AUGGCCUCAGCAUCGCCGCAGGAACAAUCCGAAUGCCUGCUGAUGGCCUUGCCUGCAGAGCUCAGAAACGAGAUCUACCAAUAUGUCCUCGACGGCGAAGCGCAGAAAUGCAGAACACGCUUCAAGGUCCGCUUCACCAGCAAAUGUCAUGCCCGUCGUGGUCGCCAGGAGCCCGCACUCUUGAACACCAGCAGCGCAAUCCGAGCUGAGGCACUCCCGAUGUUCUACGCUCUCAACAAGUUCGAGCUAACCUUCGCUAUCACUCAACUUCAUGACGCCACCGAGUGGGUCUCCAUACUCAGACAGCAGUGCGGCAAUGGUCCACAGGGCAGAGGGCCACUUGGAGGCAUCUCGCUCAACAUCACCACUUGCAGCUGGGUUCAUGUAGCGUCGCUCCUGCCAUUGGCCGAGUUCGCAUUCGAGUACGCACUUGUGCUUGGUCAGGUCAAACCGCCGGCUGGCAUGGUUCACCUCAGUAAGACGGUGCACGACAUUGCUGCUCUCGGACGCAAGGCAAAGAAGCAGGGCAAGGAUUUGGAGUGGCUGAAGGUGAGGUUCGAGCAAGUGGUGGGGAGGCAUCUCGACAAGAAACACGCAAAGACUGCUUUGGCCAAAGAUGAAGCGCGUCAGGAACUGUUGGCUGAAUCACUUAAGCUCAAAGAGGUGGAAGUGCUGGGAGGUCCGGUGGAUGAUAGCCCUCGUCAGACCAGAUCGAUGCUGAGUGGGAGUCAUUAA